CAGCAGUCGGCCAAAAAUUCUAGCAUAUAUUUUUGGAUUCAAAUUUUGAUGGCUACCAUGCAGGUGCACUGUUGAAAACCGACAAUACACAAGAGUACGAGCGAGCGAAGACCUAGACCCGAUGGAGAUGCAACUGGGAGCGAUGCUGCAUGUGUACAAGGGGGAGUACGGACUGCCGUCCAUUGAUUUUGAAUGUUUACGUGCGCUGUGCCUCCUGCGAUUCACCCGCUGUCCAAUGGACGUCCAGACCAGCUCCAAUCCGCUGCGCUCGGGAGCCGGAAAACUGCCCUAUUUGCAGAUCGGCAACCAGAAGUUCGCGGGCUACAGGCAAAUCAAACGCGUGCUGGAUCUCGAGGGUUACCCGAUCGAUGCGCACUUAAGCACCAAACAAAAGCAUUUGUCCACCGCCUACGCCAACUGGGUGUUCACCAAUCUGCACGCCUACUACCACUACUUCCUGUACGGAGAGCCCCACAACUUCGACACGACCACGCGGGGUCUCUACGCCAAGCGCACGCCAUUCCCCUUUAACUUUUAUUAUCCUUCGUCCUACCAGAGAGAAGCCUGCGACGUGGUCCAGGUGAUGGCCGGCUUCGAUGUGAACGACAAGUUGGACAAGCACGAAGGCGACUAUCUCGUCGUCAAUGCCAAAAAGGUGGUGAACCUGCUGUCUCGAAAGUUGGGUCGCAAGGUGUGGUUCUUUGGCGACACCUACAGCGAGUUCGAUGCCAUUGUGUACAGCUAUCUGGCCAUCAUAUUCAAAAUAGCACUGCCCAACAAUCCACUGCAGAAUCACAUUAAGGGCUGCCAGAACCUGGUGAACUUCAUCAACCGCAUCACAAAGGAUAUAUUCCGCAAUGAGGGCUACAGUUCCAUCAAGCUCACAAAGACGCCCAGUGGCACGGAGGCGAGUCUGACGGCCUCGGAGCGAAAGUUCAUGGAUUCCGAUCUGAACACCAAAAUUGUGGCCGGCGUGGGAGCCGUGUUGGCCAUGGGAGCAUUUGCAGCAUGGCGCGGCAUUUACAACCAGUUAACAACGCGCUCUUCGACGGACUACGAUGGCAUAGAUUACGAGGAUGACGAGCUGGAGGAGGGCCUAGAUUAACCGCGCCUCUACAACGAUAUCUAUGUAUAGUAUAUAUUUCAAAAUACAAUGAGGGAAUGAAGCACAAAAACUGUCCAACCUGAAAAGUUUGCGUAAACACAAGAGGGGCGCGGGCUUUUUGGCCAUAAGUCUUUGGGUCGAAAAGAAAUCUUAAGACUAUCUGGCAAGAGUUCGCUUACAUGUAUGUAAUUUUUAUGGUACUCAUUCGGCAGGGAAAACGACAUUAUUUGAAUAGACUUUUCAUUUUCCGAACGCGGAUAACUUACAGAAUUGACUAAAGAUUUCUCUUAACUCCCAAGAUUUUUCUUGCAAACCGAUCUGCUCUUAUAUGCAUAUUCGAUAUAUGUAUUAUAGUUCGAAUUCGUUUUUAAACUGUCUUGUAUAAAAUAGUAUUUUAAAAUCAUCCGAGCGUAAUAAAAAGAAUAACUUAGA